AAUUCACAUAAAUGCUCGGUCGUUACGUGUAUGUAUGUAAACGAGGAAACUGUGGCUUCGCCGUCCAGUAAGACGCAAUCGUGUGUUGUUCUUUGAAGAGAGAGGUCUUUAUUUUGUGCUAGGAAUCGAUUUACGGACCUCCGACGCAGCGAUGCGAAUAAUACUAUUAACACUGAGUCUGGCGGGCUAUUGUCUGUCCCUGCCAGCUCCUCAGGACAACUUAGACAAUCUGAUAGCGAAUGUAUUCAAACCAGGUACGCAAAGUCAAACAACUCCUAAGGCACCACAAGAUGGUAGUUUGUCUUCGUUGAUAUCAAGUGUCUUCGAUAGUGGAUCAACAAGCACUAACCCGCCAGAUACUAUCUUAGGAGUACAGAAUACACCGAAAUCAAAACCAACGGAUUGCGAAUGCGUGCCUUAUUAUCAAUGUCGCAAUGACACUAUCACUCAAGAUGGUGCGGGAUUGAUCGAUAUCAGGUCCGGUUUUGGUGACAGUAUGAUUUCCUCUCGAGCUGGUGGUCCAUGCGACAGUUAUUUGGACGUGUGCUGUAUGCCACCAGACAGGUUGAAUCCGACAGAGAUAGUUACAUCAAAACCCGUUCAGAGGACUGGCUGCGGACGAAGGAGAGCGACGGGUGUUGGUUUCAGAAUUACUGGGAAUAACAACAACGAAGCUGAAUUUGGCGAAUUCCCAUGGAUGGUAGCGAUCUUGAAAGAAGAAACAGUCGGUGACAAUAAUCAGAAAUUAAACGUUUAUCAAUGUGGAGGUUCCUUGAUUCAUCCACGGGCUGUUUUAACGGCCGCUCAUUGCGUGCGAGGAAAGGAGCCGCUAGAAUUGAGAAUUCGUGCAGGAGAAUGGGACACGCAGACUAAGAGUGAACUUUACCCUCAUCAAGACCGCAAUGUGCAAACUGUAAUCAUUCAUGAAAAGUACAAUUCUGGUGCUCUUUACAACGAUGUUGCUAUUUUAAUUUUAACCGAACCAGUAACCUUAGCGGAGAAUGUGGAUCUCGUUUGCUUACCAGAACCAAACACGGUGUUCGAUAAUACGCGGUGCUUCGCCACUGGAUGGGGAAAGGAUAUAUUUGGUAAAGAGGGUCAUUAUCAAGUAAUUCUGAAGAAAGUAGAGUUACCGGUAGUGCCGCGCGACAGCUGUCAGACCAGCUUACGAACCACGAGAUUAGGAAAAUACUUUAACUUGCAUGAAAGUUUCAUAUGUGCUGGCGGAGAACCUGGUAAAGAUACUUGCAAGGGUGAUGGUGGAAGUCCUCUCGUAUGUCCAGUUGCAAACAACCCGAGCAGGUAUAUGCAAGCAGGUAUCGUAGCAUGGGGAAUCGGUUGUGGUGACCAAAUUCCAGGUGUUUAUGCCAACGUUGCCUACCUGCGGGAUUGGAUCGACGAACAAAUAGUUUUUAAUAACCUAGACAAUACCGUUUAUAACUACGCACCAUAAAAAUAGACUGACUUUUGUUAUAAGAGCAUUUUGUACACUUGGGCGCAUCAAAAAUGUAGCUGUUUUUUCUUUAUGAAAAGACUGUUUUAUUAUUUGUAUGUAAUUUUUAAAGUAAUAAUGCUAACGAUAACAAUACUAAUUUUGCACUGUUCGAUGGAAAGAAAGAAGUUUAACUGUUUUAAUAGAAAUCUUAAUACUCUCGAUGUAACUUUAUCAUUGCCCUUGUUCUUAUCGUCUUCUAUUAUUGAAAAUAAAAACACGUUCUUCGUUUACAAGGUUGAAAUAAAAGGUUGUAAUAUAAAUAAUUGAAGUGUUCAAUAAUGAUGUGGAGGAACAUAAAGUUUGCACGUGGUUAGCAAAUGACACAGUUUAUGGCUCUACUAUUCGAAUAGCUUUUCCAGAAUCGCUAAAGAAAUUGUAUGGUAUUGUGUUUCUAAAAGCCUCUCCUGCAAGAAGUGUGCCUGCUUUUUUAGAAAGUUAUUGUGAACGAUCUUUUACUGGGAUUGUCUGCACGUGCUGGACGUUUUUAUUAGAAGCUUUUUCUUAACAGCAAUACUAAUCUUUUAACCUUUUAACAUCUGCGUUCCAAGAGUUCCACUUUUAUUGAGACGUUAUUUAGAAAAUCCUCGUUGUUUUCUUCUCAAGGCCGAGUUAAUUUCGUGCUUUGUUUGCACAUCGAUUUAUUAUACGUCAGUAUAGAAAUAUUGAAAUGUUUCGUAUGUAUUGGAAUAUUAUUAAAAUCAUUAAAAAUA